GGAGGAACUGAGAAUGAAUGACCGCGUUCAAACAAAGUGUGCGUGAGUUUCUGUUGGGAAAGCAUCAAGAUCUGCAGCAAACUGUGCAGGAUUGCCUUCAUCUCCAAAAUCCGGGUUGCAGCCGGUGAUUGGCAGGAGGAGGAGAGUCUGACGGAGGAGCAGAGGAAUGUUGGCAGCCAUUUAGUCUGAGCUCAACAACGGAGGAAACAUGGAUUCUUCACAAAAAAAAUGUAAACACAGCAAUGGAGUGAGAUGUGGGACCUCUGAGGAGGAUAAGGAUGGUUCAGCAACAACGGCAAAAAGAGAUGAAUCACUGAGUUGUGAGCAAUGUGACAAGACUUUUAUCACAGCAACAAAGCUAAGAAUUCACAAACGUAUUCACACUGUGGACAAACCAUUCAGCUGUGAUCAGUGUGGAAAGGCUUUUACUAAGAAGAGUCAGUUAAAAAGCCAUCAACUCAUUCACAGUGGAGUUAAACCAUUCAGCUGUGAUCAGUGUGGAAAGGCUUUUACUCAGAAGAGUAUUCUAACAAGUCAUCAACUCGUUCACAGUGGAGUGAAAUUGUUCGGCUGUGAUCAGUGUGGAAAGACUUUUACUCACAAGACUACGUUAAGAAGUCAUCAACUCAUUCACAGUGGAGUGAAACCAUUCAGCUGUGCUCAGUGUGGAAAGGCUUUUACUCACAAGAGUCAGUUAAAAAGCCAUCAACUCAUUCACAGUGGAGUUAAACCAUUCAGCUGUGCUCAGUGUGGAAAGGCUUUUACUCAGAAGAGUCAGUUAAAAAGCCAUCAACUUAUUCACAGUGGAGUUAAACCAUUCAGCUGUGAUCAGUGUGGAAAGGCUUUUACUCACAAGAGUCAUCUAGCAAAUCAUCAACUCAUGCACAGUGGAGUGAAAUUGUUCAGCUGUGAUCAGUGUGGAAAGGCUUUUACUCACAAGAGUACGUUAAGACGUCAUCAACUCAUGCACAGUGGAGUUAAACCGUUCGGCUGUGAUCAGUGUGGAAAGGCUUUUACUCAGAAGGGUCACUUAAAAAGCCAUCAACUCAUGCACAGUGGAGUUAAACCAUUCAACUGUGAUCAGUGUGUGAAAACCUUUACUCAACAUGAACAGUUGUUGAUCCAUCAAUGCCCCCAUUCUGGUAGAAAGCGGUACCACUGUGACUCCUGUGAAAAAACUUUCAACUCCCAACAGAGCUUAAAAUAUCACCAACGCAUCCACACUGGACAUGAUGUGUACGUAUGUGAUCACUGUGGUGAACCAUUUGUACAGUACUCACAGUUAAAAGCUCAUGAAGUGACCCACACUGGGGUUAAACCAUACCUUUGUGAUCAGUGUGGGAAACGCUACAGCUACAUUGCAAACCUCAAAGUUCACCAACGUGUCCACACUGGGGAGAGACCAUACAGAUGUGAUGAGUGUAAGAAGACUUUUACAUCUUUGGGUUCCCUGAAACAACACCAGCAGAUCCACACCAGAAAGAAAGCAUUCAAUCAGUGUCACAGUGAGCAGAACGGAACAGAUGGACAAAAGUCUCAGACUUGUCAGCACUCUGCCAAUGGUGAACAGUGCUGCUUUGACCAGUCUGGACAAACGUCCAACCAACAAGGAGCCCGACAACGACACCAGCGUAUGCACACUGGACACAGACUGAACCCCUGCCAAGAAGAUUUCUCCAUGCAGGGUUCAGUAAAAGUUCAUGAAGUCCUCCACAAACUUAAAGUCCUUGAGAUCCGGCUUCACAGAAUUCAGGAGAACAAUGUGAUGAGUGCACCGAGAGAUCCAAUACAGGGAGCUUUCCUUUUUCAAAGAUCAUUAGAAGGACAGAAGACAAAGUGCUUCGUCAGUGGCGUCCCUGCACAACAUGCAGAAUUAAAUGGAAGAAUUCUGGGAGCCCCUGUCUUGCUUUCAGAGUUCAGCAACUGAGGAAAGUCUUGAUGGAUCACACUGGAGGAGGAGGAGGAGGAGGAGGAGGAAGAGGACAAGGAGGACCUCGUUCACAAUGACGACCACGCCUGAAACCUGCUGUUCAUGAAUUUUGUUAUUUUCCAAUAAAGCACACUGUUCAAAAUCA